AUGGUCGACCUGCUCUUCCAGUUCGGAGCUCAGGCGGAUCCUCGGGAUAAUUCCAGCCGCACGCCGUUACAUCUUGCACUGGCUCGCCAUCAAUCCGAGAUGCUGAAUACGCUGCUUCAUCACGGAGCCAAUGUUAAUGCCGUGGACCCUGAGGGGAGGGCGCCGCUGCAUUAUGCUGCCAAAGCGGGGUGGACCAGACCAUUGCGGGCGCUGCUUCGGCCUGAGGUGGACGUUGAGGCAAAAGAUGCGGAUGGAAACACGGCGCUCCAUCUCGCCUGCCUCGGUGGGUUCAAGCAAGUGAUGUGGCUUUUGCUUGAACAUGAGGCUAGUGUUCAUGUCAAGAACUCCGAUGGGCUGACGGCUCUGCAACUAGCCUCUAGCACAGGACAGUCGGCGAGUAUAGUGCGCCUAUUGCGGCACUACGAAGCGAAGGUUGAUACCAAGAAACCUUCAAAAGUGCGAUCGCGUUCAAUGCCGCGACUGAGGACGAAAGAGACGGGAAGCGAGCCAGGUCACGUUGGAUUGGAACCGACUGACGACAUGGCGGUAGGUGCUGAGAUAGACGCUGCGAGGAAAAUGCUGGGGCAGAAUCACUGGGAUGGCGUCCGUCGGGAUAAUGGCGACGGCUUUAUCUUGGCCAAGUACGACGGUCAUGAUAUCUACUGCGACGCCAAAAUGGAGUCAAUCCACUCAUCAUCUCACGAGGGCCAGGAGAUGCAUGCGAUCCAGCUCAAACUCAACUUCAUGAAGCCCCAUUCCUUGAAACAUCGCAUUCGGUAUGCAGAAGUCGACGUGGCCCUUCAUGCAACCGACCAGAAAGCGUUGCCCAAUAUCCGCACCAUCAUGCCGCAGGCUGAUCGGGUCGAAGUGUCGGAGCAGGAGAUCACCACGGGACAGAAAUUUACAGUUGGGGCGAACGGCAACGGCGGACCGUCCAGUGUCAACAUCAGUAUGGAAGGUUCCAAGGGCAGAAAGUCCACCUUCAAAGGGGUCCGGAUAAUCCACGGGGCAGUCAAGGACCGGAUGCACGCCUCCUGGCGGUUAUAUGAGGAGCCAGGAAGCAAGAGCGGACUACCAGAGAUUGUCCGCCUUCUCCUGGUGGUCCAAUGUGACGCCGAGUUUGAGCUGCGUGCAUCGCUGUCCGCGAGGGCCAGCCAUUUCUUCUCGUUCGGCAUCCCACGCACGGUGACAGCCAAAAAGGGGGCCCUGUACUUGAUCCCCCCGCUGACGGAGAUCAUGUCCCUCGAGCAAGCGAUGAAGCUGAAACUGAUACUAGGCGUUGCGGAGCGGGCGGCUGGCAUGGUCGAGGACGCGAGAAGGUUGGAACAGAGAGUCACCCGGUCGAUCAAGGAGCAUAGGAAGCGAGCUCUUAUCAUGGAAGCAGGCGCGAGCGAAAGCAACAUCCGCGACUGGGCGGACAUCGCGGAUGCAUCCAGCUACGGGGAUUUCGCCCUCUUGUGCGAGAAACUGCUCCGGACGAGGGAUGUCGAGAGCCCCGAGGUCAGAUCACGGCCGAGGCGCUGGAGCCCUCCGCCUGUACCGAUAGUGGAACGAUCGCGCUCGCGUUGGAGGAGGCGUGAGAGUUUUGACUUAGACGGAGACGGCCGAGGAUACGAGCGACGGAUGCGCGCAAGGCUUGGGGUCGAUGAGGCGGAAGAGGCGAUUGCGCCUAUACGCCGCUCGAGGAAUGUCCAAGGCUUCUCGGCGGUUGGUCCUGGAUAUAAGGUGUCGCGGCUGGCCUAG